AUGUCUUCAGUAAAACACCCCCGAGACCACAGCGACGUCAAUGACGAAGAAACCGAUUCACGGAAGAAGUUCAAAAGCUUACAUUACGUCGAUGCUGGAGUGCGAUUGCUAGAGUCAAAGCCAGUGACGAAUGCAGAAAACAUCGGCUGUGUUACACUGAAGGAUAUCAUUCGCCAUGAUCAUCUCGAAAGCAUGUAUCAAUUCAACUUUACAGUCAACUUGGAUUUCCUUAUGGAUGCACUACACCCCAAGGUGCGCGACACUGCUCAAGUAACCGUCAUCCAUGGGCAUCGUUUUGAUGAGACACGACUCGCAAUUCAGGCCGAUGCUAAACGUUACCCCAAUGUACGACUCUUGCUUCCCACAUUGCGUGACAAAUAUGGCACGCAUCAUACCAAGGCCAUGGUGCUCUUUUUCAAUAGAAACGGGGUGAAGACGGCUCGACUUGUAGUAUCAACGGCUAACCUAUGUCCUGAGGAUUGGGAACAAAUGACCCAAGGCGUAUACAUGUCACCCCUAUGUCCAUUGAAGCAAGACUCUCAACCAGUUGCUGGUACCGUCAUUGGUGCAGAAUUUGGAUCAGAAUUUGAACGGCACUUGAUCAGCUAUUUCCAAGCUUAUGGCCCUGAUUUAUCAGCCUUGAGGAAGCAGGUUGCACUCUAUGAUUGGUCUCAGUGCAAGGCGAUAUUGAUUGGAUCAGUUCCUGGAUAUCAUCGUGGAGGCACUAUGAACGAUUGGGGAUUAGGGCGCUUGGCUCAAGUAUUGCGAACACGUGUGAAGCUUUCUGAAAAAUGCUGUGAGCAAGGAUCAACCAUUGUUGCGCAGUGCUCUAGCUUUCCUGGUGUUACUGAAAAGUGGUUUGACAACGAUCUCGGUGCCUCACUUGCGGAAGCGACCAAUGCUAAAGCUGCUGUAAAGCCCACGCUCAAAUUUAUUUAUCCCACUGCCCAAGAAGUGCGAAGAAGCUGUACGGGCAUUGUGGAUAGUGCUGGAUUUUUGCGGCUUGAUCAGAAAACGUUCGAUCAACACGAAGGAUGGUUAAAAAAGCGUUUAUGUCGGUGGCAGAGCAAGCGAGCAGGACGGCAAAUCGUGAUGCCACAUAUCAAGACAUAUACACGCAUCACCGGUGAUGAGCUCGAAUGGUUUCUACUUACGUCUGCAAACCUCAGUCGAGCAGCCUGGGGACAAUACCAAAAGGACCAUACUCAAAUAUACAUCAAGAGCUAUGAGUUGGGGGUUUUAUUAUGUAGAGAACUGUUCCAGGAUCUAUCUGACGACGUCCAUCUGCUACCUGCCACGGUCGAAAAUCGCCUUCCUACAAUUGAAGAACCUAUGUCAUCAGCAACCAUUGUUCCAAUCCGGCUUCCCUAUGAUAUACCUAUUUUGCCAUAUGGACCUGAGGAUGAAUGCUAUACAAGGGGCUACGCAUCUCGAGCGCUGGAGGAUCAUUUUGGUUCAGGAUCAGCAAAUCUCAUAGAUUAG